CGAAAUUCCGGAGCGCAUUCGACACAUUCGAAAUUCACGCGCUUUCGUCGUAUAGCAGACGAUUUCUGUCAAAACAAAUAAUAGGCUCUCGACCGUGUGCAGUUAUUGUCGACUCGACAAUGUGUAUCAUUUGUGUCUGUUCAAAAGCCGGCAUUUCAUCAACUUGGCGAUGAAUCAUCCACAGUUUUGAACUAAUUAAAUGCUAUCAUGGAGAAAGGUCGGCUUUACAUUCUACAACUCAAUGAGAAUUUGGAUUUUUAAAUUUUAUGUUGAACUUGAUACUUCCAAAACAUUCCUGUAAAUCCUGCUUUUCAUAAAUGGAGUUCAAAAAAAUGAAAAAUAUUCAUAAACCAAAGAAAAAAGAAAAAAUAUUCAGCGAAUACGACCUUUUGAACCACAUCAUUUUCAUUGGUACUUUGUCUGUAUUACUCUUUCUGUAUGGCUAUUUUCCCACUGGUUACAAUGAAACUACAUGGGCUAGAGCUGGAGAUAUCCCAAAAUAUGUUGAACGCACAAGAAUCAAACUCAAUGAAAUUUAUGUUCCUAUGAUCAAGAAACUAGUGAUAAUGGUAAUAGAUGCUUUAAGAUGGGAUUUCGUAGACGGAGAAGAAAAUAAAGAUUAUAUGCCAUUUACAAAUAACCUUCUGAACAAUGAUUCAGGAUGUUUAUACAAAAUGAAAGUCAAUCCUCCUACAGUCACUAUGCCGAGAAUAAAAGCAAUGACAACAGGCACGGUGUCAAAUUUUUUAGAUAUAGUGUUCAAUCUGGGAGCUUCAUCAGUUGGAAUUGAUAAUAUAUUAUGGCAAGCUAAAAAAUAUGGAUAUAAAUCUAUAUUUUAUGGCGAUGACACAUGGUUAAAACUUUUUCCCAAUGAAUUUUAUCGCUCUGAAGGCACAACUUCUUUUUAUGUUUCUGACUACACAGAAGUAGACAAUAAUGUAACAAGGAAUCUUAAUCGAGAACUCGAUAAAAUUGAUUGGUCGAUAAUGAUUUUACACUAUUUAGGUCUUGAUCACAUUGGUCAUACUGAUGGUCCAUUUAGCCCUUUAAUUAAACCUAAGCUGAGAGAAAUGGAUGAUAUAAUUAGUUUAAUCCAUGCUGAUGUAGAACUUUGGGAACAACAAGGAGAUCCAACUUUAUUUAUUAUAUUAGGAGAUCAUGGUAUGAAAGAUUCAGGAGGUCAUGGAGGAGCAAGUUUAGAAGAAACUACUGUGCCAUUAAUAGUAUUUGGUAGAUCAUGUACACCAAAAUAUGAAGAAAUUGAUCAAAUUGACCUUGCUCCUACUUUAGCAUUAUUAUUAGGUGUGCCAAUACCUUACUCUAGUUUGGGAAAAAUUAAUUUAGAAAUGAUGGAUGAGAUGUCUUACUCACAAAAAUUAUUCGCUCUUUAUUACAAUGCUCAUCUAUUGUUCCGAAAAUUCCAAAAAAGACCUGGUUACCUUGAAACUAAUGCAUAUAAAAACUAUCAGAAUGCUAUGAAGCUUCAUGAAGCAUGGUUGACUACUCAAAGUUCUUCAAAUGAAAUGGUUGAUGAUAUAAUUGAAAUGUACGAAGAAGCUAUAAUAGAAAUAAAAGAUGAUCUCAUGGGUAAUCUUUUAAAGUAUGAUUUGCAUUCUAUGGUAACUGCUAUGAUUUUUUUGUGUAAUGUUCUAUACAUAAGCAUAUCUGAACAAAGUUCAGAGUCAAUUUCAGCUGUGAAAAUUUUUAUUGCUUGUUUUGUAAACUACGCAUUUUGGAUAUUAUUGAAUGGAGCAUUUGGCUCAGAAGCUUAUUCAAUAAUUUUCCUGCCAAAUAGAUUUGAUGUCUAUUCUUUAUGCAUUGCUAUUGUGGGGUUUGGUACCUCAAUAUACAAUUGUUAUUUAUGCGCUCAUAGAUUUUUACCUAUUUCUAAGUUAAAGAAUAUGUCAAGUCUCGAAUGUCUUCUGGCCAUUGGUACACUUGGACAUGCUCUAAGUUUAGCCAGCAGCAGUUUUGUAGAAGAAGAACAUCAAACUUGGUAUUUCUAUUGGAUCUCAUUGAUUGUGUACAUUACUUUUAGACAUUUCAAAUUGAUAGCUAAAAAGCAUUAUUUGAAAUCAUUUAUGGCUUUAUUAUUGUUAAUGAUUACACAUCGCAUAUUAAGAAAAUUAAAUAGUACUGGAGAUAAGUAUGCACAUUUGCCUGACAUUGCUGGAUGGCUCAAAGAGCAGGAUGACAACUUUUGGAUGUCUAUGAUUCUUAUUUCAGGGCUCGUUCUUCUGAUUGUUAUCGAUGUUUCUUUUCAAUUGAAACACCACAAAAUGAGUGCUUUUAUGUUUGAUAGUGCAAUUUCUAUUCUAGUAUACAUUAGGCAUGCAAUUAAUAGUUCUGUUAUAAAACCUAGUCAUAACUUUAGUUCUCAAGGAAUUACAGAAAUGUAUAUUUUUUGGGGAGUAACUCUACUCUAUUCUAUGUAUAUGUUUCUGCGUGUUGUAAACGCUGCAAAAAGCAGUAAACAAUUUUUUAAUGUUGCAAUGUUCUCAAUCAUUAAAAUCUGGAUUAUAGUUUCAUGUAUCUUACACCGUCCAUACAAUGUUAUUUUAUUACCCGCACAAGUAUUAGUCAGUAUUAUAAUUCACGGUGUUACAAAAAAUCAAGCAACUUUGAAUGUCAAAAUGUAUUUUUACCUUUGGUCAAGUAAUGCAUUUUAUUUUUAUCAGGGAAAUUCAAAUAGCUUAGCAACAAUUGACGUGGCAGCUGGCUACGUUGGACUGAAAUCGUACAACCCGAUCUUGAUCGGAUUGUUUUUAAUCAUUAAUACAUAUUCAGCGAUAGUCUUAGGAUUUUUACUAUACAUCUACGACUGUACUCUUCAAGCUCCCAUCUCUACUUCCACAACGAUAUUGGCUGCGUGUAGACGAUACGCUUUCUGGAGGCUCGUACCGAUGACUUUUUACACUUUCGUUACAAGCUUUCAACGCUACCACUUAUUCGUAUGGUCAGUGUUUUCACCAAAGCUGCUUUACGAAUCUACUCACUGUGCUGUAUUAUUUGCUGUGAUGUUUUUGCUACAAGCUGUCUUCUUAUGCAACGAUAUAAUAACGAAAAGAAAGAAAAAUAUUUCAUAAAUAAAUUAAGCUUUUUACUGGCAUCAUUAAAAAUUGGACUAAUUAUUAUUUCUACAUUUAUCAAGGU